GUCUUCAAUCCAAUCUCAAUCACCUUCGACAGCUACUCUCCGCUCCAAUCCAUCAGAUUAUUUCCGGUUCUGUGCCAUCAGUGCUGUACCUGGCAAGCUUCGACAUCGGCCAUGGCAGCUCUACGCACAGCAUCGCGCCUGGUGGCGCCCGCCCGAGCUACAAUCCGAUCUUCCUACGCUGCGAGAUCAUACGCCACCGUCACCAAGGACAGUGCCGCUGAUCUGUCCGCCAGCCGACCCCCAGUCCCUCCGUCGAAGACCAGCACGGUGCAAGAACCAAAACCGGACAAAGAUGCAAAGAUCAAGACAUUCCACAUCUACAGAUGGAACCCAGACGAGCCGACGUCGAAGCCGAGGAUGCAGACAUACACUCUGGACUUGAACAAGACUGGCCCGAUGAUGCUGGAUGCGCUGAUUCGAAUCAAGAAUGAGGUCGACCCGACGCUCACCUUCCGUCGAAGCUGCCGUGAGGGUAUCUGCGGCAGCUGCGCUAUGAACAUUGACGGAGUGAACACUCUUGCCUGCCUGUGCCGAAUCCCCACGGAUACGUCUAAGGAUUCCCGGAUCUACCCCUUGCCGCACACCUACGUGGUCAAAGACCUCGUCCCCGACCUGACGCAAUUUUACAAGCAAUACAAAUCUAUUAAACCUUUCCUGCAACGAGACACGAAGUCACCGGACGGCAAGGAAAACCGACAGUCACCCGCCGACCGGAAGAAGUUGGAUGGGUUAUACGAAUGCAUCCUCUGCGCUUGUUGCUCAACUUCAUGCCCGUCUUAUUGGUGGAACAGUGACCAAUAUCUGGGCCCUGCCAUCCUCCUUCAGUCGUAUCGCUGGCUAGCCGAUUCUCGUGACGAACGCAAGGCUGAGCGCAAGGAAGCGCUGGACAAUAGCAUGAGCUUGUACCGUUGCCAUACCAUUCUGAACUGCUCGAGGACCUGCCCGAAGGGACUCAACCCUGCCAAGGCAAUUGCAGAGAUCAAGAAGAGCAUGUCUUUUGCUUAGUUCGGCGCGAGGAAACAGAUCUCUGGUUGGGAGCGGACUAUCGUGGCUGUUCGGGGGUGCAACUGAGGCCUUCAACGACACACUUUGGUCUGAUCAGAUAGUGAAAUGCUGUAUAUAUAAAUGCAGUGCAUGAUAUUUGAUGACUUGGCAAUUACCUGUCUCUUCACAUUCAUACACACAGCACGGAACAGACAACCGAAGCACUUGCACAACUGGGA